AUGCAGGACGCGGCGCAUUGGCAGACGAGCGAGUUGGCUUGUGCCAUCAAAUACCGACUGCUAGCGGGCGAGGCAGCGGACGGAUACAUUGAUGGAUUGGUGGCGCGCGUAGGUGUGCCCAGCGAGUACGUGGCGCCGCUCGUGGACCGCGCAUUCGCGUUUCACCCCGCAAUGUACACGGUCGUAUCAGAAGAAGACGACACGGAGCUCCCAGAUCUAAUCUGGGACGAGUAUGAAAAUCUGGACUGGAAGAAUAUCCUUGCUGGAAAAGUGGUAGCCAACGCAUAUUGCGUGCGCAAGGGGCUCUCGCGUAAGGCGCAGCUGUCGAUCUACUUGUCCAAGUACAUUAUGAAGCAUCCAGACUGCUUGCUGAGCAAGGCUCUGCCGCGUACCAUUGUGGUGGACACAUGGGAAGCCUACGACGAAAGCAUGGCUCAAUUCGGCAUCCCCUUCCGUCAGCGCUUGGACUCGUGUUUGUGGGAAGUGAAGCAGACGCUUGACAACGAGAGCAACACGUGGAUCAUGAAGCCCAGUGCUACCAACAAGGGCGCCGAGGUCAACGUUGUCAAAGACUUUAAGAAGCUCCGCAGUAUUGUCAACGAGUGGACAGACAUCCGCGAGUGGGUUGUCCAGGAGUACAUUCAGCGGCCGUUGCUGCUACGAGGUCGCAAAUUCCACAUCCGUGUGUAUGUCCUCGCAGUGGGUGGUCUCAAAGUGUACGUGUACCAGCAUUGCCUCGUACUGUGCGCUCUGGAGCAGUACCGCGAGGCCGACACGGACAAUAAUUACUCGCACAUCACAAACACGUUCCAGCAACAAAGUCACCCUGACUUCGUUGAGAGUGAGUGCGUGUUGUUACUGGACGAUAUCGAAGAUAUACUGGCGGAACAAGGCAUCGCAGAUGCUGCCGGUAGAAAGGCAAAGAUCCUUACGGACAUUGGCCAAAUCACAGCGGAGACGUUCGACGCUUACAAGGGCGAGUUCUCGGUUUUCCAGCCACUACCAAACUGCUUCGAGAUUUACGGGGUGGACUUCAUGGUCGACGAGGACUUCAACGUGUGGCUCUUGGAGUUCAACCCUGGUCCGGAUUUCAAGCAAACGGGAGAUCGUCUACACUUUGUUAUUCGCGAUCUGAUGGCAGACACACUGAGUGUUGUUACGAACGAGUUCUUCUCCGAGGACAAGGAUUCGUCGGUCAAAGACGCUGAGCUUGGGGCGUUUGCCAAGGUGUAUGACCAGCAAUGGGGCGCUCUUUCCAAGGGCUCAUCCAUGAAAUUUGUUGAGUAG